AUGUCUUUGUUAGAACUUUGUCAUCUUGAUGGUAAUUGGGUCAUGCUGCAAGACAAUACAUAUCUCCUAUGGGUGCCAGACCAAAAUAAAUCUGGUUUGUUCUGGCCAAGAACAACUGCUGUAAUUGGUUGCCCUUCAACUUUACUUCAGCUCAAGAACUUUGUCCAUGGUACAAACUGGAGCCAGUGUUUUUCAUAA